GCAUAUGUGUGUGUGAUGAUCAGCACAGACAGAGCUCAGCGCUAGCCCCCCUAGUCUAUGAGGGUGAGUGUGUGACUGUGUGUGAGUGAGAAAGAGGGAGAAACAAGAAGAGCGGAGAGGGGGGCACCGCACAGCCAGAAAGAGGAGGAAGAAAAGAAAAAGAGUGAGAGGAAAAAAAGAAUAAAGGAGAGAAACAGAGAGAAGCCACCAUGCUGUGCUGUAUGAGAAGGACAAAACAGGUUGAAAAGAAUGAGGAUGGCGACCAAAAAAUCGAUCAAGAUGGUAACAAACCAGAGGACAAAGCUCACAAGGCAGCUACCAAAAUCCAGGCCAGCUUCCGUGGACAUAUAAUCAGGAAAAAAAUGAAGGAUGACAAGAAAGAUGACAAUAGUGAGGAGGCAGUGGAAAACCACAAAGGAGAAGCGAAGGAUGAGGCAGCCACAACAGAGAACAAAACCCCCAAAACAGAGGAGCCCACCGCUGAUGGUCCUUUAGAAGUCAAGAAGGAGGCUAUCAGCUCCCCAGCAGAAGACAAAAAACAAGAACCAUCUUCAGAGAAGCCCAAGGACACCCCCUCAGAAGAAAAUCAAGCUUCAGCGGAGUCAGAGAGCACCACAAAAGGGAGCACUGAAAACUCACCAGGAGUGGAUGCCAGCCAAGCAAAGGAAGAGUCCAAAAAAGCCGAUGUGCCUGAAGCUACUCAAGAUGCUGCAUCCGAAAAGGAACAGGAGAAAGCAGAGAGCAGUCAAGAGGACGUUAAGAAAGAUGAAGUAGAAGAAAUCAAAGCUAGUGAAAGUGCCCAACAAGAUGAGGCUGUCAGUGAAGAAGCCAAGCCAGACCAAGAAAAUGCCUGAACCCACCGAAAUGUUCCCCCUGUUCCUCUCCUCUUGGACUCCAUUCUUCCAAACUCCCCCUUAUCUCUUCUUCUCUCGGUCUCGCUCCUCACGUGGGUUCCUCACUCCUCUCCCCUUCCAAUUUCUCUCUGUGUGGCAGAACAUGUAAAGGCAGGGAAGUUGCAGCCGAGCAGUGUGGCUUAAACAUUUUUAAGUGUCUUUUGGUGUUGUUAAUGGCGAGUUUUCCAGUACGGUCCAAUCAAAUUCAUUCUGGGCAUUCACUUGCACUGUAUACAAGUUUUAUUCCAACGCCCGCGCUCUCUCUCUUUCUCUCUCUGUUUGACUGUGUGCAAUGUUCCGUUUAACCUAUGGAUUCCACAUUUAUCCAGUGAAUUUCCAAACAAUGUCUCCUUUUAUUCCGUUUGUACUUUUUAUGUUUAUUUUAUUUUAUUCUUGUUCCUCUUUAAUGUGAUGGAAUGAACUUAUCAAACAAAUAGCCCUCCCGACAGUUUGUUUUCCAAAAUAAAGCAAUGUGCCAAUUAGCGUAU